AUGCCUCACACAACCUCGAUAGGACACCACAACAGACAGUCCCAACUGACCCGACUCACUCGACUCGACCCAACCAGAAUCAACCUAGAAACAGACAUAGCAGACUAUCCAAAACAUAGCCAGAGCCAGAGCCAGAGCCAGCCAGCACUUGCUCCUAUACCCAACAACAUCAACUCUCAGUCCCAGCAACACGCCGACACACCUAUACCCUUUCGCAUAUCCGCCGACAGUAUGAUCCGAAUGACCAGAUCCAGGCGCGCGGCGGAAAAUUCUUUCCUGAACUCGGGUCCUGUACAGGUUCGGGGGGCGGGCAACCACAACCUCCGCGCAACACGCAUGCAGACGACGCAAACAAUAGUACCUCCAGAGGCUCGCAUCAGGAGAGACAUUGUCGCACCAAGAUUGCGCAUUCCCGGAAGCCUAGACAUAGACGAGGGCACCGAAGAAGAAUACAACAUAUAUGGUGAGGUCGAGCUCGCUACCAGCCUUUCCGGCAACUCUACCACGACCCCAAGGGUAAACCGGGAUACCGGCGGCGCCAAAAUCUUCCGAAGCCUGUCACUCGAGCUUCAUCAAAUGAUUGCUCUGUAUCUCCCUGAAGAUGAGGACCUCAUCAACUAUUCUAGGAUCUGUAAAGAGACUUUACCUACCAUUACUUGCAGUGUCUGGCGCAAGCGCUUUCUCCAGUACUUCGACGGCGUUAAAGGAUUCAGCCCAAAAGAUCUGACUUGGAGGUAUUUAUUCAGAAGAACUGUUUGUCAAAAUUGGAUUGUCUUUGACCUGAGGGGUCUCGGACUUCCUCGUAUUGACACGGGAACACAAAAGCUCCAAAGAUACUAUCAGGAGAGGGUACUGCAGGUCAUCCAAGGUGUACUGCUCGAAUCAAAUGCUUCCGUGUGCCAAGACGAGACUGGGAACAUAGUUGUCCGAGGCUCGAACUUGUCAUUCAUCGCCGACUUGCUCACUGGCCAGAACGGUACUUCAUACCUCGACAUUGUUGACUCUGUAUUCAACACCAGCUUUUUCGACCAAGAAACCGCAAAUUCUCUUCACCGGGUCGUCACCGCAGCUGACAAAAAUACCCUGAUCUAUGUCCUCCAGCUCUGCCUAACACCAUUCUCUCUCCACCCGAACUACUGCAAUCACAGAGUCAACCACUUUGAUAUCUCACAAUUCCACGCAUACUCUGGCCCCCGCACCCAGCCGGUCUGCAAUGGAGUCUUCAAGCAGCAGGUCAACGUGCGAUGGCUUCUGCAUGUGGUAAACUUCUUCAAGUUUCACUUGAAGUCCGAAGGUGAGGGUCUGCUAGCUCAUGAGUACAAGGAACUGGAACUUGAUGAGAUCCCCCAGUUUUGGGUUGGUCAUAUAAUGGGAGGCACCCAGCCACUGGGGCGCCACUGGAAGGGCGCAUACACGUACAUGGACGACACCUCCCUGGCGAGCUUGAGAGUUUGGGACGGACAAAAUGGCGAUAUCCACACAGACGCCCUAGAUGGUGAUGAGGGAUUUCAGGAUAUUGACAUGUUCUUUGACGACGCCAGUAAUUCGAAGUUCCCUUGGCCUGCAGAUUGGGAGGCGGUCCUCUGCUCAAAUCCUUUCGACGACAUUCACCAACAGAACUACGCCAAGAGGAAGAGAGUUCCACCCCAAAACCUGCCGGGUGUUAGACAGUUCUGGGGCAGCUGCAGAGGUGCGAAGAAUGGACACUUCUUUGGACGUGUUCAUGCCUUGACGGUGCAACAAGGAUUCCACGGCUUCCAACGCAUCACCCUGAUCAAGUACUAUACCCAGGUUAACCACAAUGGCGAGCACGUCUACGAUCCAAAUCAAGUCUGGGCGUAUGAGGGCGUCGUUCUUCCAGGUGGCCGAAUCAUCGUUGGGCGUUGGUGGAGUGCUAGGGGCAAUCCGGACAGCAACGAUACCAUGUGUGGUCCGUUCAUGUGGUGGAAUGUCGACCGAAGUGGCCCUGAGGCAAUCGAUGAGAAUGAGGCAUUGGAUUUCUUGAAAUCGUUCCAGGAUUAUAUUGAAGUUGCUUAA